AUGCCAGUUAGUGAAACAAAUAAACUACAGGAUCCUAAAUCUAUAACUAGAGAUAAUGAUAGUGAUGAUAAUAAUUCGAUCUCUGAGUUUAAUUUUACAUGCCUGAUAAACGAAAACUUCACUACAGUGCAGAGAAAACAAGAGAUAUAUCAAUACUCCGAUGAGCUAUUAAAUGAAAGGAAAAAUGAUAGCACAAAGAAUAAAGGUAUUGAAUUUGACUACUUUAGACCUAGAUUUGACUCGUAUAAUAAGUUGCCGGUGAUAGCAAAUUCAUAUCUUAAGCCCAAUACGACAUUCAUAGGUGAGCAGCAGUCCGGAAAGGCUAAAUAUCAUAUAAAGGUGGAGUUUAAAACUGUUGACUGGGUAAAUUCUAUAAUAACGGGGUUUUUGCAAAUAUCGGGAUUAACAGAACAUCAUCCCGAAAUAACCACAUUCUUCAAAGGUGAGAUAAUUAAUAAUCCUUUCAAUAAAUAUAAAUGGGAGACGGGAUCUAAAAAACUGCCAAGUGAUACGAGUAUAAAAAGAUAUUCAUUCGUAACAGAAAAUGAUCUGUGGGGAUCGUUCCUCAAAAACGAUUUGGAACAUUGGAAGCAGUUGACAGAUUCCAAGGGUCUAAACGACGUCGAAUUGAAACAAAAGUUGCACAGAAUACAAAAUGAUUAUAACUAUAACGACGAAUGUAUAUAUAUGAGAUGGAAAGAAGAGUUCUUAUUACCCGAUUCAAGAAUUAAACAAAUUAAUGGUGCUUCAUUCGAAGGGUUUUAUUAUAUCGUAUUAAAUCUAACACACAAUUCAAAAUUGCCCGGUUCAAUAAGUGGUUUGUACUAUCACAAAGACUCAGAAAAGUUCCAAUCAUUGAGUCUCCGGUGUGUUGAGGACAAUGGCAUCUCUAAUAAAUUUGAUUUUGUUUGA